AUGCCUUUAAAUGCUCUUUCUUCGGUCGUGGUGGCUACUACAGGAACACCCCCAGAAUUCGACUGGAGUGCAGAAAUCGAGAAAAAUCUCACGGCUGUUGAAAGGAUAGGUAAAAUGCUGAUUGCUGAAAGAUUUAAGGCGAAAAAAGGUCCUGGAGCUGACCUUGCACUUAUGAGUCGUGAGGCAGAAUUGAUAAGAUGUGUUUCUCGCAUCUACGUAUUAAAUUCAAUUCAUCGAGUUUCGCGCUUCCCUCCACUUGCACAGUGGCUUCUAUAUGUAAAUUUAGCUCCGACUGAAAUGCGUGCUUUGCUUGAACGGGUACGCACAAUACAGGAGCUGGCAGCCUUAAAUGAUAAACAGAUUGUUGAUAUGUGUGAAAGUUUACGGUUUCACGCAGAAAAUCGACGACGUUUGCGCAAAUCUUCCUAUAGUUUAAAACGAUAUAUACUGAAGUGGCAGUCUGAUGGGAUUGAACCUUUAAGGGUGUUCUCGGACAAGGAUUUAGCUUGGCUCAGCUUUGAUUACUCAACACCAAGCAGGGAGCGGAGCAAUAUUUCAGAAAGUGGGACGGAUAUCACAGAACAGCAAGAUUCUUGUGCUAGUGAUUCCGGUUCU